AUGUUUUCUGUCGAAUUUUUAAACCGAACUAACCCUGGCCAGCAGUGGGUCAGGGCUGCAAGGAAAGGAUCCGAGGGACGGGGAGAGGACCGCAGGAGGCUGGGAGAAAACCGGAAAGUCGCGGUCACCGAGUCUGGGCGAGAGCCGCCCCCGCCCCUCUGGGAGAGGGGAUCGCCAGCUCCUCCCCUGGGCCGAGCUCGGUGCUCCGUGCUCCAGGCCGGAGGAGACCAAGAGGCCAUGGCCCCGGGGGCGCCUGUUCCGAGGCUCAGCAGCCCCGGGAUUUGGGGAUUUAGAGCAGGGAUGGAGCUGGAGAUCAUCACCACCUGCCAGAGAAAUCAGGUGGCUGUGACAUUUGAUGAUGUGACCAUGUAUUUCACGGAGCAGGAGUGGGGAACCCUGGAGGAGUGGCAGAAGGAGCUUUACAAGCAUGUCAUGAAGACCAACUAUGAGAACUUGUUCUCACUGGGCUAUGCCAUUCCCAAACCAGACUUGAUAACCCAGAUUGAACAAGGGGAAGAGCCAUUCAUCAGAGAUGAGGGACACUUGGACAGAGAACUGGCCAUUGGUUCCAGGGCUGAUGAGCAUCCUGACAUGAAGAGCACACAGGGGCAGCUGUUUUCUGGCUGUGCCAUCCCCAGGCCAGACUCGAUAACCCAGAUUGAACAGGAAGAGUCCUUCAUCAGCCAUCAAGGGAACUCGGAAACCGGAGACUUUGCAGUCUGCACUGGUGGUAAUGAACAUCUUGACUUGAAGAGUACAGAGGUGCAGCUGUUUUGGGGGGAUUCUGGAUCUUCAGGUUCAAGACAACAGGAAAGCCGUGGACAUGAUCUUCAAAACCAGAACUGGUCUGGGCCCUUACCAUUCCGCUGCAAUGCGUGCAGCAAAGGCUUCACCCACAAAUCUCAGCUAGCCAAUCACAUUAGAGUUCAUAGGCCAAAAAAACACUUCCAGUGCACUGAGUGUGAAAAGAACUUUGCCCAAAAGUCCCGACUACUCAGGCACCAGCGCCUCCACACGGGAGAGAGACCCUUCCAGUGCCCAGAGUGUGACAAGAGCUUCCACCAGAAGGGGCAUCUGCUGAAGCACCUGCCCCUGCACACAGAGGAGAGGCCCUUUCAGUGCCCAGAAUGUGACAAGAGCUUCCGAGUAAAGGGGGACAUGAAGGCCCACCAGCGCCGGCAUAGAGAAGAAAAGCCAUUUUCCUGCAGUGAAUGUGGUAAAGGCUUUACCACGCAUCAUUACCUCACUGAUCACGUCAGAAUACACACAGGUGAAAGGCCCUUCCAGUGCCCAGAGUGUGGCAAGAGCUUUCGAAUGAAAGCAGACAUGAGAGUCCACCAGCGAAGACACAGCAAGACCAGGUUAUUCUGCUGCAUUGAGUGUGAUAGAGCAUUCCCCAGUCAGUCUGAACUCACAGACCACAUUAAGGUGCACACCAAGAAACAGCACUACAAGGGCCUGCUUUAUGGACUGAUGGACCUUGACUGGGGUUGAGAUGGAACCUAUGGCUGGCAAAGUGUGAUUGUGAAAGGCAAAGAACAUCAUCUAGUCCAAAUUCUGCUAUAUCCUUGGUCAUUCAACUUCUGCUGGAAUAUCUCUAGUAACAGGGACCUCACUACUUCAUGAGGCAGGCCAUUCCAUCCUGGCAUAGAUCUCAUUGUUGGGAAGCAUCUCCUUUGCUUGAACCAGAAUCAGGCUCUCUAUAACUUCCACUUCUUGGUCAUGGGUCUCCUCUUUGACCAAGCAGAAGGUUAUCCUAUUCACAUCACAACUGUUCAGCACAAUCUAGCCAAUAAAGUGAGUAAUGAAACUGGCUAAUGCUGGGUUCUGCUUGUUUGUUUUUUCAAAAAGAAGCAAUAACUAAUAAGUAAUGAUGUGUGUCUUAUAUAGCUCAUAAGCUGGCUCUAAAGAGCUUACCAGGAUGUCACAAAUACUAUCUAUCCAUUGCUGAAACCCCCUAUUAUUUUUUCAUUACUCUCUACAAGCCAAAGAAUUUCUUCCUGAAAGCCUGAGACUCAAUCUCUCAAUAAACUUAAAUAUGAAAUUAUCAGGCUGACAAAAAUGGAAAUCUUUCUCCUGCUAUUCUCAAGCCUGAAUGGAUGAUGCUGGGGAUCAUCUGGAGAACCUGAAAGAAUCUGUAGAAUGUGGACCUGAAUGAAUCCAGCUGCUGUUGAGGCACUGAGUGGUGGGAUAGUUUUCCUGAAGUGGUUUAUUACUGACAAUAGAUAGAGCAUCUCUGAAUCUGGGCACAUCUCUCAGGUGUGUACCAUCUCCCCCAGUCUGAGGCAGUGUCUGUACUAGAUAGUGAGGGAAGACGUGAUUGAAAUAGAAAAAGUGGUGUUGCUCUCAUUCAGGAAAAGAUUCCUCACCUACGAUAUACAAAGGAACAUAGAAAUCCCAGGGGGAGGUAGGCAAGGACACCCGAGCAAUCACUGUUCACGUAAAAGCUUUGAGAACACCCUGUAAAUGAGUAGGGGAACCUCUGACUGAAAUAUACCCAGUAAGGCUUCAUGAAGGAUUUUGAGCUGGGUUUGAAAGAAAUUAGGAAACAUUUCCAACAGGAAAGUGUCCUGGGGAAAUCUAGCAAGACCAAAUUUGUUUGGCUGGAGAAAAGUGACUGUGGGGAUUUUAUUGAAAAGUGAGAUUUUUGCAGCAGCAGACACAGAAAAUCAGUGUUAGGGGCUUGGGUUUGAGCAUUGUGAUGUGGUGGGGAAAAAAAAAAACAGGAUUGGAGUAAAAGAGGCACAAAGCUGGAUUACUCCCCUGAAAUGUAUCAGCUUUCUGAUUAGGAGCAUGCCAUUUACUUACUCUUCUCUUCUACUUCCUCAAUUUAACUCUGUCAACUGGAGAUAACAAUACCUAUAGACUUACUUCCCUGGAUUAUUGUCAGGCUCAAACUAGAUAAUGCCUGUAAAGCAUUUUGCAGCCUUCAAAAGCACUAGAUAAAUGUCAGUUGUUAUAAAGAAGAGAAGCCUGCAGACACUUGUGGAAUCACAUCCAACUCCUUGAUUCUUCACCCUGGCUUCCCUUUUGUCCCAGGGCCCCUUAAGUGAAAAGGACCACAACAUACUAACUUCCCCAAAGUCCUUAAAAAGAAAAGAAACUGUCAGAGCUCAGACAAUUAUGCAAUCAAAGCAAUCAUAAUUCAUUCUGAUAAUGUUUACUGAGCAUCUUCUGUUAUUCGAAACUACGAUGCAUUCAAGGCACAUCUCGAAAUUAACAGUAAUGGACAAGACUUUGUCCACCAGUCAAGACUAUCUCUGCCUUAAUUCUUGCCACGCUGCAGUCCUCUCAAAAUUCAGUUGCAAGAUUAUUGUUUCUUCAGUACUGUCUUACUGCAUUACUCCCCUGACUGGAAGCUUCAGUAAUUUCCUUUUGCCCUUCUCAUAAAAUACAGGCUCAGCCCACCAUUCCGAGUUUACCAUGACCUGGCUUCCUGCAUACUCCCAAGACUCCUAUUAAUCCCCCAUUGUGGAUCAUCUCCUCCUCUGCUGCUUUGCUCGCUCCUGCGUCUAGGACAGUAUUUGAAGGAAGUCUCAAAAUCAUAUUAACUAGACCCAACACGAUCUCAAGCUAACUUCAAAUGGAUCCUAACUGGUGCUCAGCAUUCACUUAUUUUGUUCUCUUUUCGUUCCCUAUCAUAUUAUGUUUCCUUCUAACAUUUGUUACAAAACUAAACAUUCUUCAAACUCCAGGAAUAUCCCUCAUAUUCAGCAGAUGACCUCUUUUCCUGCUUAGCCAGGGAGCCCAAAGCCAUCUGGCAAAAUCUCCAACCCUCCUUUGCUUCCAAACAUUUCUGCACCUAUACCUUCCUCUCCACCCUAAAAUAGCUGUGUCUACACCUCCAUCACCACUCCACAACAAGCAUUUCUUAAACAACCACUAAGUACCUCAGUGGAAGAAGUAACCCUCUUUCUUUUAAGGGCUCCUGAUUCCUACAUCCUUGAUUUAACAGACGUCCAACCUCAGAAGGACAAUUUAUUCCUUCAAACUUGAGUCAGUAAGAUGGAGACCCCCCCCCCCCAACUCUCUCUACUUCCAGGACUAGGAGAAGGUAGUGCCAUGUUUUUUGCAUUCUUACUGCCACAUCAAUAAUUGCCAUGCCCAAUAUUCCUUUAUGACCUGUAGACAUUCAUUUAAACCACCCAAUUUCCCUGUUACCUACGUCUAAGUCACUCUCCCAUCUUAAGUGAUUUGAGGACCUGGUUCAAUCAACAAGCAUCUAUUAAGCACCUAUCUUGUGACAGACAUUGAACUAAGUGUUGGGAAUCCACAAUGGGAAAGUCUAUCUUCACAGCCCUUCAUAACCUAGCCCCCUCCUACCUUUCCAGUCUUCUUCCUCCCCAACAUAUACUCUUCAAUCCACUGAUGCUGCUCUCCUGCACAAGAUGGCCCAUCUCUCAGCUCUGGGCAUUUUCUCUGGCUGUCCCCCAUGCCUGGAACUUUCCUUCCUCUACUCCAAUCCAACUACUGAUCUCCUUGACUUCCUUUAAGUCCCAACUAAAAUCCCUUUUACUGGAAGCCUUCCCUAUUCCCUCUUAAUUUUA